CCUGAAGGAAGCCGCGUAGAACGUACAGUCAUGGCCGAGUUCGGAUCGCCUAAAAUACAUACACCGCAAUUGCAUGCCAAAGUGCCGCGUUCGACGAAAAAACUUCGCAGUUCCAGAAGAUGGACGGACUCGAGAUAUCCCCUUUUGUCAAGGGACUCCCAAAGGUGGAACUCCAUGUACAUAUCGAAGGCACUUUGACGCCAGCCCUCCGAUGGAAAUUGGCGCAUCAGAACAAUGUCAAGCUUCCAUAUGCAACAUAUGAAGAAUUGCUGGAUUCAUAUGCAGUAACAUACAACCACCGCAAGGAGGUGAAUGGUGACGAUGGCCGCCCGACUUUUUUAGAAGCCUACUUCGCCGGCUGCCAAGUACUAGUCACUGAAGACGACUUCUACGAAUUGAGCAUGGAGUAUUUCUCUCGAUGUGUUGAGAUGAAUGUCCGAUAUUGCGAGCCCUUCUUCGAUACGCAGGCACAUACAGAGCGCGGCAUUUCGGUACCCACUAUUCUCAACGGCUAUCUGCGCGCGCAGAAGGAUGGCCUGGAAAAGUACGGCGUGAGGAGUAAUUGGAUCUUCUGCUUCCUGCGUGAUCGGCCGUUGCGGGAAGGUUUAGAUGCAUAUGCUGCUGCAAGAUCGUGGGGUAGGCUAGCUGAUGGCACCGGAAAGGGCUUAUUUCACGCUGUGGGACUUGCAGCGAAUGAGUUCGAGAAGCCGCCGAUGCUAUUCGAAGCUGGGUUCCGCAUGGCCAAAGAAGAUGGUCUGCACGUUACGUUGCACUGCGACGUUGACCAGAAAGACGCUGCAGACCACGUCCGCCAAGCCAUUUUUGAGGUGUGCGACGGACAGGGCACGGAGCGCAUCGAUCAUGGGCUCAACGCGCUGGACCGGCCAGACUUGGUUCCUGCGCUGAAGCAACGGGGAAUUGGGUUGACACUCUGUCCUCAUGCGUAUCACCGUAGGCAGAGUACUGAGACGCUCUUUCCAAAGAUCACUAGUUUGAUCAGAGCAGGGGUGAAGUUGUGUAUCAACAGUGACGACCCGACGUACAUGCAUAACGUCUGGAUCGACGGCAAUAUGCAGAAGGUGUAUACUUACUGCGGUUUGAGUAAGGCAGAAAUGGUCACGCUGGUUAAGAAUGGGAUUGAGAUGAGCUGGGCGGAUGAAAAGAUUAAAAUGGGGUUGAUGGAAGAGCUAGAUCGGUUGGAUGUCGGUUAAAGGUAUCGUCAUCCAACUUUUCACAGAGCGAAACUUCAUGCUACAAAUAUUUGAGAUUCUCCAAAAGAAAAUUGGUUCUGGUUCCGCAUACUCCGGAGCUGGACGUUCGACAUCGAUGAAGCGGACCAAGCCUGAAAUCCAGAC